CAAUCCAGGGGAUUAAUGGCCAAUAGCAACCUGACCACAAAUGAUGUGGGAACCUGUAGGGCUCCAGUGAUCUGGCACUGCUGCUGCUAGGAUGCUACAAGGGAGAAAGGGGGGAUUCUUCUCCUACUUCCAAGGGGAGGUAAUUUGCUGAGAACAAGGGGCAGGCUUUGCAAAGUAUAAAUACUGCGACUUCAAUAGCACAUCCCUAUCUGAUGUGAAACUCUUAGCAGGAAGAAUUGACAAAGAUCUCUAACGAGGGGAGAUUGAGUGGGGUUUUCUGUCUGCUCAGCCCCCAUUGAUGUCUUCUGAUUGAGCUUUUCAGGGAGCCUGGAAGGAAGAGCUGCCAGGUUAUUACAUCCACGGCCAUGGAAGAACUUACUGCUUUUGUGUCCAAGUCGUUUGAUCACAACAAGAUAAAGGAGAAAAAAGAAAUGAUCACUUACCGGGAGGUGCUGGAGAGCGGCCCGGCCCGGGGGAAGGAGCCCGGCUGCGGCGGGGAUGGUGCCCGGGAGGACGGGAUACCGGUGGCCAGGGGGGUAGGAGGGGGUGGCGGAGGAGGAGGAGGAGGCGGAGGAGGGACCAGAUCGACGGUCCUGGAGCUCGAACUGACCGCCGACAGCAGGAUCAGGGACACCGGGAGCCCCAAACUUACUGAGGUGUCCCCAGACAUGAAGGAACGGAAGGAGGACCUGAAGGUGCUGGAAGAUGAAGGCCAGACUAAAAUCAAGCAAAGAAGGAGCCGGACUAAUUUUACUUUGGAGCAACUAAACGAACUGGAGAGGCUGUUCGAUGAAACCCACUAUCCUGAUGCCUUCAUGAGGGAAGAGCUGAGCCAGAGGCUGGGGCUGUCAGAGGCCAGAGUACAGGUCUGGUUUCAAAACCGAAGAGCGAAAUGCAGGAAGCAGGAAAACCAGCUACAUAAAGGGGUUCUUAUCGGAGCAGGCAGCCAAUUUGAAGCUUGUCGUGUAGCACCUUAUGUCAACGUGGGCGCUUUGAGGAUGCCAUUUCAGCAGGAUAGUCAUUGCAACAUGCCAUCCUUGUCCUUCCAGGUCCAGGCACAGUUACAGCUGGACAGUGCAGUGGCACAUGCUCAUCACCACCUCCACCCUCAUCUGACAGCACAUGCUCCGUAUAUGAUGUUCCCUGGUCCACACUUUGGUCUUCCACUGGCAACACUAGCAGCAGAAACAGCGACGGCUGCGUCAGUAGUGGCUGCAGCUGCAGCAGCCAAAACGUCCAGCAAGAACUCAAGCAUUGCAGACCUCAGACUCAAAGCCAAAAAACAUGCGGCUGCGCUGGGACUGUGACUAGCAAUGCUCGGGCCUCAAGACUUUGGGGUCCAUAGACAUUAUCCUUAGCUCUUUAUUUAUGGCCUGGAGUCUCAGACCCAACCAAAAUCCUCUGCCCUUUACAAUUCUACAAGGAAUCCAAAAAAAGACCUAAAAACUGUUGCUGAAGCUUCUGCAGUUGUGAAAUUGUUUGCACAUUGCGAAAUUGGUCCACUAAAUGGUAUCACUACCUAUGAAAUACCUUCCACAUUCUGGGACCAAUAUGGCUACAAAGAAGCUCUAUACAAGGACAGACGACAGAGACAGAGUGCUAAUUAUAUUUGGUAAAUAAUCUAUAAAUUAGAAUUUUUUAUGCUGAUGAGUGUGUGUGCCAUAAUAGGGAUGGGGAACUCAGCACACAUCUUUUUACUACAGCACUUGAAAAGGAAGCAGAGAAUAAAGUGGAUGAUGGGGGGUAAAAAAAUAAAAUAAAAAUAGAUUUGAUCUAUUAUCGGUGGGGAGGGAAUAUGUUUGGACAUUCCCAGGUUUUGACACUGACCCUUUUGUGCAAAGUUCACUUUAAUACAAGAAAUCAUGACAAGUGAGGCGGGCCUCCUUGUGUAUUGUCUUCUGGAUUCGCCAACAAUUCUGGAAGAAUGACUAGAGUUAAAUAAAGACUAUUUCUUUGCUGAUUUCCAUUGGCAAAUUGUACAGGUGAUUCUGCUCAAGAUUCCUGGUUUGCAUGUUUCCACAUUUUAUGAUCUCCCUUGCACUUCAUCCUCAAUUUCAGCAGAAUGUGCUACAUAAGUAAGCAACAACAACAACAACAAAAUAAAACCCUCUUCCUUGAAUUUAUUAUCCCAUUCACAUAAAACGAUAGGAAAUCAAAUGACCUAUAUAUUUCUUAUUUAACCCUUUAUGUGACAGAAGUUCUUCCAAAGCAUUUCUUGUCGAAUGUACAUACAAUGGCGAAGAUUUGGUAUUUAAAAAUUGAACGGACUGUUUUUUUUUUAUUAUCUUCUUAACACAUUAGCACAUACAAUUCUAAGUGGAGAUAUAUUUUCACAUAGCAUUGGCCAGGAGUGUACUGUAUUAAAGAUAAUAUUUAAUGCACAUCUCAUGCUAGCCAUUGGCUACAUGUAAAAUAUGUUAAUAUACAUGAACAAAAUUUAUUUUGGUUACAUUGUGAAUCGAUAGUUCCUUGUUAGCAUUUUAAUUUCAUGAGAGGUGUAUUCUAUUCCAGUAUCGUGUGACCUUUAUUUUGAAUACAUAUAGAUAUUUAAUGUGGACGUGGCGAUUGUGAUUGCAGUUUGCUAGCAAACAUGAUUUGGAGAUCUCUGGACACUAAAAGGUGACCUGU